AGCGGCCUGGUGGGCGCCGCCUGAGGAGCGACCGAAAGCCUAGCCAAGAUUUGACAUUACUGCCAUCUCCUGGGCACCUGAUUCUCCUUCGAAGCUCUCAAUCACAACUGUUCUCUUGACAGCAUGGAUGGGGAGGAAGAUGAUUUGUCUCUGCUGACUGCGCUGCUGGAGGAGAAUGAGUCUGCCUUGGAUUGUAAUCCAGAAGAGGGUCACCCCUUGACCCAGGGGGAUGGCGAACCCGACGCAUAUGACGAGCUCUUUGAUGCAGAUGGUGAUGGUGAAUCUUACUCAGAGGAGGCUGCUGAUGGAGACCUGGGAGAGACUGAAGAGCGAAAGGAAAAUUUGGCCACUCUCUUUGGAGAUAUGGGGGACUUAACAGAUGAAGAAGAAGUUCCCACACAGCAAUCACCUAAAAAUAGAGUCCUCCCUGCUCCUGCUCCCAAUCAGGGGAAAACUAAUCAAGAGUUGCAAGAUGAAUUAAGGAAGUUACAAGAACAGAUGAAAUCCUUACAGGAACAGCUAAAAAUAGCAACACUUAAGCAGCCUGCAAGUCCACCCCUUCUGCCUAAAUCUGUAGAGAAGUCUCCAUGCUCCCCUCUUAAAGAGAAGAAAGUUCAGAGAAUUCAGGAGUCGACAUGCUUCUCUGCAGAGCUCGAUGUCCCUGCUCUACCAAAAACCAAGCGAGUGGCUCGGACACCAAAGAUUUCAUCUGCAGAGCCCAAAAGCACAUCUUCGAAGAUGACAAGUACACCUCCCCAACCACUCCAAACUACUCCUGGAAACAAACUUAGAGGGUUGGUCAGAGAUCAGAACACAGGGACCCCCAGGAGUUCAGGGGAACCGGCCCAGACAGUGGUCUCCGUGGAAGCCUUCUCAGGCCUGAGGCUCAGGCGGCCUCGAGUGUCUUCCACAGAGAUGAACAAGAAAAUGGUUGGCCGAAAACUGAUCAGACUAUCUCAGCUCAAGGAAAAGAUGGCAAGUGAGCAGCUAGAAGAAGUAGACUGGGUGACUUUCGGGGUUAUAUUGAAGAAAAUCACUCCACAGAGUUCUAAUAGUGGGAAAACUUUUAGUAUCUGGCGACUGAAUGAUCUUCAAGACCUGACACGGUGUGUGUCAUUGUUCUUGUUUGGAGAAGUUCACAAAGAGCUCUGGAAGACUGAACAGGGUACUGUUAUAGGGCUGCUCAACGCAAACCCCAUGAAGCCCAAGGAUGGUUCAGAGGAGGUGUGUUUGUCUAUUGAUCAUCCUCAGAAGGUCUUGAUCAUGGGUGAAGCUCUUGAUCUGGGAACCUGUAAAGCAAAGAAGAAGAAUGGACAGCCGUGUACACAGACUGUUAAUUUGAACGACUGUGAGUACUGUCAGUAUCACAUCCAAGCCCAGUACAAGAAGGUCAGUGCCAGGCGAGCCGACCUACAGUCCACCUUCUCUGGAGGACGAAUUCCAAAGAAGUUUGCCCGCAAAGGCACCAGCCUACGAGAACGGCUGUGUCAGGAUGGUUUCUACUAUGGAGGGGUUUCUUCUGCAUCGUAUGCAGCCUCAAUUGCAGCUGCUGUUUCUCCUAAAAAGAAGAUUCAAACCACUCUGACUGAUCUGGUCGUUAAGGGGGCAGACUUGAUCAUUCAAGAAACCCAACAAAAACUUGGAAUACCCCAGAAAAGCUUGUCUUGCUCUGAGGAAUUCAGGGAACUGAUGGACUUGCCUACGUUUGGAGCCAGAAACUUAAAACAACAUUUGGCCAAAACUAGGUUAUCAGGGGUGAUGGGGAGCUCGAAACCUGCUUUCCAGUCUGUCUCAGCAUCAGCCCUCUUGAAGCAGCAGAAGCAGCACAUGCUGGAGAUGAGGAAAAAGAGGUCAGAAGAAAUACAGAAACAAUUUCUCCAAAGCUCAAGUGGGGUCAAGAGCCCAGCUGUGCCACCCUCCUCUCAACGGGCCCCUUCUCAGUCUUUGCAAAUGGCGGUUGCGUUGCCCAGCCUGGAAGGAACGCCAGCUACACAGACGCCCAAGCUUGGGCGAGGCAUCUCAGAAGGAGAUGAUGUUCUCUUUUUUGAUGAGUCACCACCACCAAGACCAAAACUGAGUGCUUUAGCAGAAGCCAAAAAGUUAGCUGCUAUAACCAAAUUAAGGGCAAGAGGCCAGAUUCUUACAAAAACAGACCCAAACAGCAUUAAAAAGAAGCAAAAGGACCCCCAGGAUGUCCUGGAAGUAAAGGAACGUGUAGAAAAGAACACCUUUUCUCCACAAGCUGAAGAUGAAUUAGAGCCUGCCAGGAAAAAAAGGAGAGAACAACUUGCCUACAUGGAAUCUGAGAAAUUUCAGAAAAUUCUAAAAGCAAAAUCGAAGCACACAGGGAUACUUAAAGAGGCUGAGGCUGAGCUGCAGGAACGCUAUUUUGAGCCAUUGGUGAAAAAAGAACAGAUGGAAGAAAAGAUGAGAAGCAUCAGAGAGGUGAAAUGUCGAGUAGUGACAUGCAAGACGUGUGCCUAUACCCACUUCAAGCCUUUGGAGACCUGCGUCAGUGAGCAGCAUGACUACCACUGGCAUGACGGCCUAAAGAGGUUUUUCAAGUGUCCCUGUGGAAACAGAAGCAUCUCCCUGGAUAGGCUCCCCAAAAAGCACUGCAGUAACUGUGGCCUCUUCAAAUGGGAACGAGACGGAAUGCUAAAGGAAAAAACAGGACCAAAGAUAGGAGGAGAAACCCUGUUACCACGAGGAGAAGAACAUGCCAAAUUUCUGAAUAGCCUUAAAUAGUCCUGACUUCAAACAGAUUAAAUAAAUUUGCGAAUAUACCUCCUAGGACAACCAUCUUCUG